GUACGUAGUAAGGCUUAUAAUUAGUGAUGGCUAGAGAAAGAUAACAGCACUACUACUACAACCCAUUUCCCAAAGGCAAAAAGAUAAACAUGACACAUGAGCAGAGAGUCGCAGUCUACUUUCUCAGAGAGCAAGUGAACCCCUCUUUCUUCAUCAAACUGACUACAGACCACCACUAACUACGACAACUAUUUAGGAUUUUCUGUAAAAAGGCUGAAACCAGUAGCAUAAAACUCGGGAGAUUCUUGCAUAGGAUACAUUCACAAACAGCAAAAAAAAUAUACAAAAGAUUGCUUAUGCGUGUGUACAAACAGUACAGAGAAAAGUGAUAAGUCGAGAUAUGACUGCAUAGUCCAACUUCAAGGGUUUUGUGAAGAAAACUCAAGCGGGACACAUAGCAAAGAGAGAAAAACCCCACACCCUCUAAUCAAUUAAAGAGAAUAUAGCUGAGUGGAAAAUGGAGAGUGGUGGUGGUUCAAGUAGCAGCUCAUGUUUCUUGGCUUUUGGUGAAAAUAAUAAUUUGUUUUGUCCUAUAAUGAUGAUGCCUUCAAUGGUUUCUUCUCAUCAUCCUAAUGCAGACAGUGGUAAUAACCUUUUUCUUCCUCUUCCAUCCACUAAUCGCCAUGGCAGCACAGGUGGGGGAGCCGGUUCUUCAAUGAUGCUGCAAGACCAGCACAACAAUACGAGCACUGGGUAUUAUUUCAUGGAGAGUAGUAAUGAUGCAGGCAGCUGCUCUGUAAAGGCAAAGAUCAUGGGUCACCCGCACUACCCCCGCCUCUUGGCAGCUUACGUUAAUUGUCAGAAGAUAGGAGCGCCGCCUGAAGUGGUGGCGAGACUAGAGGAAGCGUGCGCGUCGGCCGCCGCGAAUAGGCCCCACGGUACAAGCUGCGUCGGCGAAGAUCCGGCGCUCGACCAAUUCAUGGAGGCCUACUGUGAAAUGCUGACAAAGUACGAGCAAGAACUUUCGAAACCCUUCAAAGAAGCGAUGCUUUUCCUUUCAAGAAUCAACUUUUACAUUCGAUCCUUGUUAAUUUCUCAUUGCCUGUGUUGUUGUUCUGCUCAUUCUCUUGCAGCUUGUGCGGAAGCAAUGGAGAGAAACGCAUCAUCUGAAGAAGAGGUGGAUGUGAACAACAGCUUCAUAGACCCACAAGCCGAAGACCAGGAACUGAAGGGUCAGCUCUUGCGCAAAUACAGUGGAUAUUUGGGCAGCCUCAAGCAGGAAUUUAUGAAGAAAAGAAAGAAAGGAAAGCUGCCUAAAGAAGCCAGGCAACAAUUACUCGACUGGUGGACCAGACACUACAAAUGGCCUUAUCCAUCGGAAGCGCAGAAGCUGGCGCUGGCUGAAGCGACGGGUCUGGAUCAGAAGCAGAUAAACAACUGGUUCAUAAACCAAAGGAAGCGGCACUGGAAGCCGUCGGAAGACAUGCAGUUUGUGGUGAUGGACGCGGGGCAUCCGAACUACUACAUGGACCAUGUUCUAGGCAACCCUUUCCCUAUGGAUAUCUCCACAGCGCCAGCCCUUCUUUGAAGUAUCAAAUUUAGUACUCCAAGCAUAUUAGUAAUAAACUGCUAUUUAUUAGUAUAUAUUUUAGAGAUUGUAAUGUUAUUAAUUAAUACCUGGACCUGACUGCUUUUUACCUACUAGCAAUAAUAUAUAUAUAUUUAACCUGGACUAA